AUGCAUACCGCACUCCGUCAAACAGUCCGGGUCAGCAACGCCAAAGUCCUCGUCGAGCGUGCCUUGACAAACCAAAAUGCUGCAGUCACAUACGCUCAAACAGCCGGAUCCCAAUUCAUACAAACCCACCGCAACAUCUCGACAGCGCCCAAUCUUUGGACAGCCCAACAUGAACAAAAUGCAGAUCGUCUCAUCAAUCGAGACGCCCUCAACCCUGCGCGAUCAGAAGGUACGGGCACCGGCACAGACGACGAGGUAGCCAGCCACGACGCCGCGUUUGAUCCGAAAAACACUGCCCCGGAAAAUGAGCUUGAGGCUGCUGGUCGAGAGUCUGAAGCCAGAAAGGAUACAAGUAAUCCGCUGGACGUGAGUCCUGGGAAUAGGGAGGUGAAUAAGACUCGUGAUCCGUCCCAGGAUCCGCCGGAGAGUGGUGUGGAUAGGCCUGCGAGUGCGAAGGGGUGGACGAGGAAAGGCAAGGCUGUGAAUCAGGAUAAAUGA